AUGCCUUUGGAUCUGGCGACUGGCCUAUCUAAAUCCAUAGAAAGAGACGACGCAUUGACUGGCCAACCAAAACUUCCCUCAAUGGGACUACAAGAACCCAACUUGUUGACUCGUUUGGUUUCCCAAAAUCCAACAUUUAAACAAGGUGAGGACCAUAACACAAACAAAAAAACUCAUCUCUCUCUUGCAAUUACAGAAGCCAAAUGCAUGGCCAACAUAGCUCUUCCCAUGAUAUUAACAGGCCUUUUACUCUACUCCCGCUCUAUGAUCUCCAUGCUCUUCCUCGGUCGCCUCGGCGAGCUCUCUUUAGCUGGCGGUGCACUCGCUCUCGGAUUCGCCAACAUCACCGGUUACUCAAUCUUAUCAGGGCUUUCCAUGGGAAUGGAACCCAUUUGUGGCCAAGCUUUUGGAGCCCAAAGAUUCAAGCUUCUUGGCCUCGCCUUGCAAAGAACAGUAAUUUUGCUUCUUCUCGCCUCAAUCCCCAUAGCUUUUCUUUGGUGUAACAUGAAGAAAAUUUUACUGUUUUGCGGUCAAGAAGCUGACAUAGCCACUGAAGCUCAAUCCUACAUUAUGUAUUGUCUUCCAGACUUGUUGUCUCAGUCAUUUCUCCACCCUCUACGUAUAUAUCUUCGAUCACAAUCCAUAACACUGCCUCUAACUUAUUGUGCAACACUUUCAAUUCUUCUCCAUAUCCCCAUCAAUUACUUCGUUGUUUCAGUGCUCAAAUUGGGAAUCAAAGGCGUCGCAAUAAGCGGUGUCUGGACUAAUUUGAAUCUCGUAGGAUCAUUGCUUGUAUACGUUAAAUUGUCCGGGGUGUACAAGAAAACUUGGGGUGGCAUUUCCUCAGAUUGCUUGAAGGGUUGGAAAUCUCUGCUGAAUUUAGCUGUUCCAAGCUGCAUUUCAGUGUGUUUAGAAUGGUGGUGGUACGAAAUCAUGAUUUUACUAUGUGGGUUAUUGCUAAAUCCUCAAGCAACGGUAGCUUCAAUGGGAAUUCUUAUUCAAACCACAGCUUUAAUCUAUAUUUUUCCAUCUUCUUUGAGCUUUGGUGUAUCAACUAGGGUAGGAAAUGAACUGGGUGCUAACCAGCCCGAGAAAGCGAAACUUGCCGCCAUUGUUGGCCUCUCUUCAAGCUUUAUACUGGGAUUUUCAGCAUUGUUCUUCGCCAUUAUGGUGAGAAAUAAAUGGGCCAAAAUGUUCACACAAGAUUCGGAAAUUAUAGCUUUGACAUCAUUGGUUUUGCCCAUAAUUGGGCUAUGUGAGCUCGGAAACUGCCCACAAACAACAGGCUGUGGUGUUCUAAGAGGAACAGCUCGUCCCAAAAUGGGCGCAAACAUCAACUUGGGAUGCUUUUACCUUGUGGGAAUGCCAGUGGCUGUGUGGUUAAGCUUCUACGUUGGUUUCGACUUCAAAGGACUGUGGUUCGGCCUUUUGGCCGCCCAGGGCUCGUGUGUUGUGACCAUGUUGUUCGUUUUGGUCCGAACCAAUUGGGUGGUUCAAGCCCAGAGAGCCAAAGAGCUGACCGGAACCAUCUUUGUCGACGGUGAUCACAACAAUGAAGAUGAAGAAAAGUUUAUACAUCAAAAAACUAGUGAUUCGUUGAGUUCAACAGACAAUACAAAGCUUGACCAAUCACCUGUUUAAUUAACUUACUUGAGAUUAUAAGGUGUUUUUUUU